CUUUUCGGGCCAGCGUCUACUCUUCUCGUUCCUGGGACGCCAUGGAAUCUGAACGUUCCAUUUCUGCCAUUUUCAAGAACAAAAAUCAAAUACCCUUCCAAUGUUCUUAUACAUACUCGUUUUUAUUUACCGGUUGUGCUUUACUUGCUAAUAUAACGUUCGGGCAGCACACAAAGGUGCAACCGAAUUCGUGGAGAGCUGCUACCUCACAAGUACAUCUCCAUAAGUUGCGGUUGAUCAUUGGGACAUGUUCAGGUGAACUCCUCUCACCUAGCCCGAGCUCGGUCGACGACCACCGGACCAUGUCUUUUUGUCCCUCAUCUUCAACGACGGCGCCGAGUUUAUGCCAACAUUGAACCCAAAUAGUCUGACCGGUUAUUGGAUCGGACCUCAAGAACCCUAAUUCUGUCUCUCCCUCUCCGUGGUUCUGAUUCUGCAGGGAAAGAAGGCCAUUCCGCGAUGCCGACGGUUCAAGUUAGACGGGACCUUCUCUUCGUAGCUCUCGGGAGGUCUUAUAGCUGCGAGGAUCCUUCGUUACGAUCUUCUCUCAUGCUCCUUCCGCUUUCGUUUGCUUCGGCAUUUCUGAACUGCUGAAUUUCGUUGCGUUCUGUCCUAUAUCUGAAUCAGCACAAGAAGAAGAGUUCGAGUCCCCACGCUUCGAUUUUGACGACGGAAAAGACCAUAAUCAGGAAGGAAAGACACCUGGAAGAAGAAGCAUCCGAGGAUGAGGAGGUUACUUACAAGAUCGAGGUUUCUGCCAACAGGAGACGUGCAUUUCCUUUUGGCAACUUCGUUGAUAAGCAACAGAGAUUCUUUGUUUUUGUUAUUUGAAGUGAUUGAAUUUUAUGUAUCGAUUUUGUCACUGUUCCCGUCCUACAUCUGUAGUUCUACAGAGACAAUAUCUUAGCAAUGAAAAAGAUACAUUCCUCUGCAGUGCAUAAUUUAGACUGGUGUUCUUCUUAUCCUCAGGCGGCAUUGAUGAAUUAGACUUAUUUUAUUGUAAGUUCUUUCUGCGAACCAUGACCACGUUCUUUCACCAGCAUUUUUCCGUGGCUGCUUUUGAGCUUUGAGACGUUGAAAUUAAUUGAUGGAUCUUUUGAAAAUAUGAGGACUACGACAUGUAGUAGGAUGCUACAGCGCAGACAUUGUCUAUAUGAUACGAAUAAUUGUGGAGAACCAUUAUGUGAAGAAAGCUAUGAAUAUAAAGUGUUUUCUAAUUACAGUUUAGUACGAAGAAUGAACAAUUAUGUGUUAACUGUAUACAAUGUAUAUGCACUUUUAUAUGUAGAGUUUGUUGUUUAUAUGUAUGAACUUGAAAAUCCGAAAUAUCGUUCAUUUAAUCAUCCAUUCCAGUUAGAAGCUCAAAAGUUGCAAAAAUCGAUGCUAUGAAAUGAAUCAUUAUAUGGAGAAAACUGUGGAAAAAUAAAGUAACUGAUGAAAGUAUUUUCUAAUUAUAAUUCAUGGUGGAGAAUGCACAGGUAAGUGUUAAUACAAUAUACCAUGCAUAUACACUUUUAUAUGCCAGAGUUCAUUGUUUAUAUAUAUCAUAUACGAACUUAAAAAAAACAAAAAUAUCAUUCAAUUGAACAUCCUUUGAAGUGAAUUUUAUGAUAAAGCGACUACUAUGCCUAUGGCUGAACCUCUCGUUUUCUUGAUGUAGAUUAUGUUCAGGUUGAUAGCGACUUAAGGGUGUUAUUUUGCAGCCGUUGAUGAAGGUGGCCCUUGCAGUCCGUCGUUGAUGAAGGUGGCCCUUGCAGUCCGUCGUUUCAUCGCCACCUCCGUCUCCCAGGCCAAAGCGAUUGGUCGCCCCUCACAAUCGCCAUUAGCAUCACAUGUACUUCGCCUGUGCAAAGAUGGUCGCAUCCCUGAAGCCAUUGAGGCACUCAACGCAGUGGUCGACCACCGCCGGCUCGGCGUCCGGCCCGUCGUCUAUGCUUCUCUCCUACAGGCAUGCGCCAGGACCAACUUCCCACGAACUGCCGCCUCCGUUCACUCCCUCUGCGUCAAGUCCGGCCUGGACUCCGAUCGUUUCGUUGGCAACAGCCUCCUCUCUUUGUACUUCAAGUCCGGCGACGUCGCGGAAGCCCAAUGCGUGUUCGACCACUUAAGGAUCAAGGAUGUAGUUUCAUGGACGUCGAUGAUCUCGAGUUAUUCCAAGAUGAGUAGACAUCGGGAUGCUCUGACGUUGUUUGACUCGAUGCGGCAGAGCUGUAUCGUGCCUAACGAAUUUACUCUGUCGAUCAUGAUCAAGGUUUGUGCGGAAAUGAACGAUGUUAGAUUGGGUAGGUUCUUCCACCGAUUCGUAAUCGACCGAGGCUUCGACGACAACUGCAUUAUCAGUAGCGCGCUUAUUGAUAUGUAUGGCAAAUGCGGGUGUCUAGAUGAUGCGCAGAAAGUGUUUGGUGAAAUGCCCCACAGAGAUGCGGUUUCUUGGACGACUAUGAUCGCUGCCUUUGUGCAGAAGGAGAGGUACAAACAAGCGUUGGAGUGGUUUUUGCUGAUGCAGCAGAAAGAUGGUGGGGAUUCGAUGUGUGAUGGGUUUGCUUUCGGCACUGCACUGUCGGCUUGUGGGAAUUUAGGAUUAGUAGGGCCAGGAAGGCAGCUGCAUUCGAGGUUGGUUGUGGAUGGGAUUGAGGUUAAUGCCGUGAUCGGAAGCGCCCUGGUUGAUAUGUAUGGGAAAUGUGGGGACAUUUUGAUUGCACGCGAAGUGUUCAAUAGAAUGCCGCAGAAGAACAUGGUGACUUGGUGCUGCAUGCUUUGUGCAUAUUGUGAAAAUGAUGAAGGUGAAUCAGUGCUGGAGUUGUUUAGGGAGAUGCAGAGAGUUGGUAUGGGAAAUGACCAUUAUAGCUAUGGGACCAUCCUCAGGGCAUGCGCAACGCUUCAGGCCUUGAAGCAGGGCAAAGAGAUCCAUGGCAGAUUUCUUAGAACAGGUGGAGAACGUGGAAAUGUUGUUGUUGAGUCUGCUCUUAUUGACAUGUAUUCUGAAUGUGGAAGUGUACAAGAUGCACGCUGUGUUUUCCAACGGUGCCCAGUUAGGAAUAUGAUUGUUUGGAACACGAUGAUCAGGGGUCUAGCACAGAACGGCAGAGGCGUGGAUGCUUUAGAAAUAUACGAUCAGAUGGUUGAGGAAGGAAUGCUGCCAGAUUAUAUUACGUUUGUAGGUGUACUAUUCGCAUGUAGUCAUUCUGGUUUAAUUGAACAAGGAAGAAAGCAUUUCAAGUCCAUGGUUGAGAUCUACGGGAUAAGUCCCGGAAUUGAGCAUCAUGCUUGCAUGGUGGACCUUCUUGGCCGAGCAGGAGUAUUGGAAGAAGCCGAGCAUUUGAUAAAGAACUCAAAAUUCGUACAUGAUUUCUCGUUAUGGGCAGCUCUCCUUGGUUCAUGUGCUGCUCAUUCCAACUUGAGUCUAGCAGAACGAGUUGCAUCAAGGAUGAUCAAACUGAAACCAGCGAACCAUCUGAGCUACAUUCUUCUAGCAAAUCUAUACUCUGCAGUAGGCCAGUGGCAUGAUGCCGAAAGGAUGAGGAGUUUGAUGAAAGAUAGAGGGAUCAGAAAGACACCAGGAAAGAGUUGGAUUGAAGUUAAGAAGAGCUUGACUUCCUGUCCAACUUGUGAUACGAGUAGUGAGAGGACGAUAGACCUUGAAGCAGAAGCCGUCCUUAAGAAUGCCGCCGUAAACUGAGGGCGUUCAUGAACUUUGCAUUUUAAACUCGAAAACCAAAGAUGGACUUGGAUGGAGGGCUUGUUUGCCAAACAGAAUUGGGUGUGCCGGGCUAAUCUGGCUCAGCAGAAAGAGCUAGGAUCCAUGGACAAGCUUGGACCUUGUCAAACUUGUUUUUAGGCUCAAAACAAGCAUUUGGAACUAGUUUGUGAUGCUAAAACCAAAUUUUUAGCAUGGUGUUGGUGCUAUCCAGACAGGCUAUGUCUCGAGUUGUUUAACUAGUUUUUUAUGCUAAAACCAAAGUUUGACAUGGUUUUGGUCUCAUCCAGAUAGGCUGCUGCCCACUUAGAGGCACUUCUGAUAUUGUUUUGGUGAACAGCCACAAGCAGUAAGUUCCUUGUUCAUGGAAGCAACAAGCUUCUGUUGAUGGUGCCGAAGAAGGGGCUGCUAAAUGAAUGGAAGUGUUCAAACUUUGGCUAUCCAGGGAUGAAGUGCAUGCUUUGUUUACGUGUCACCAAUACCCCUUGUAGCUCUACCCCGUAUGGUCGCCAACAGAAUGAGGGAAAAGGUUCUGUGUUGAGAAGCAGUGUGACUGGAUGACGACAAAGAAGGUGGUCGAGUAAACGCAAGGCAUUUGGCUGAAGUGUGAACCGUUCUUCUUCUGUUCCAUCUCUUCGAGCCGAAAACAAUGGCAACUGAGCUUUCAGAAAGAAAGGACCAAAGAUUGUUUACGGGAUAUCACCGGAAGUGGUGAUGUUGUUACUUGAAUCCUUGCCCGCCCUUUCAGCAAUUUGUAAUUCUUUAAUUGCUGGAAUGGAACUGAUUUGUUAUUUUAUCUUUUCAA